AUGUCAAGACCAGUUAAUAUCAACGUUUUGCUUAGCAAAGUUAAUGGGAAAGGUGUUGGAAAAAAUAAUGCAAAGCCAAAGUUCUUAACAAAGAGUGAGAGAGAAGCUUUGAAAAAUGCUAAAUUGCAAAGGAACGAUGGGAUGGUACAAAGGAAGGAGCCCAGCAUACGGCGUGACCCUGAACGUGACGACUUAACUGAAAAUUCGGUUGAUAUAGGGGAAGUGAGAGAUAAUAAAGUGAGAAAAUCGAAGUUUCAAUUUGACUGGAAUUCUACGGAUGACACUUUACUUAACUACAAGCCUAUUGUAUCUGUGAAGGCUAGUGAAUUGUUACAAAAGGAAAAUAAGAAUGAUGUAGUGGAAACUGCAUAUAUCGGGAAGCCUUGGAGGGAGAAGACCUAUGAUGCGAUGAAUGACAGGGAUUGGAAGAUAUUCUUGGAAGAUUUUAAUAUUACCAUGAAGACCAAAGUAACAACACAUCCGCUACGUAAUUGGCAUGAAUUAAAUUUGAUCCCAAAGGAUAUCUUAGGUGUUCUAGUCGGCGGGUUGAAAUUUCAAGAGCCUACUCCUAUUCAAAGAGUGGCAAUUCCAAAUACUAUCAAAACUAAUAGAGAUUUCUUGGGGGUAGCUUCUACUGGGUCUGGUAAAACAUUGGCUUUCAUUAUUCCAAUUUUAAUAAGACUUCCUCAAAGACCCAAAUCCUUAAAGAUCCUUGAUGGCCCAAAAUCUCUAAUCAUUGUUCCCACCAGAGAAUUAGCACAACAGAUCGAAACCUCGGCUAAAGAAAUUACCAAACGUUGGAAAUCCAAUGAGUGUAAUGUACUUUCCAUUGUAGGUGGGCAUUCUAUCGAAAAAAUUACGCUAGAUUUGUCCAUCGGUUGUGAUAUUUUAGUGGCCACACCGGGGAAACUAAUUGAAUGUCUACAAAGUCAUAUCCUAACUUUAAAUCAAGUAGACACUUUAGUUAUGGAUGAAGCCGAUAAGAUGAUAGAUUUGGGAUUUGAGGAUCAAAUUACUGCUAUUCUCGCAAGAUUAUCCAUGGAGCGUUCCUCUUUACAAACGAUGAUGUUUACUGCCACUUUAUCACAAUCUAUUGAAAAGAUUAGUAAUAACUAUUUAAAUUCACCUAUUAUUGUUAAGAUCGGAUCUGAAGAAGAUCAAGUACCUAAGAUUCAACAAACGGUAGAAUAUUCUGAAAAUGAAGAAAAUAGAUUCAAGCAAAUUAUAAAAACUUUGAAAAACUGCUCUCCACCUAUAAUAAUAUUCAUUAACUAUAAAUCUACGGCAGAUUAUUUAACCAAAAAAUUUCGAAAUGAAACUAAUUUCAAAUUCACCAUUUUGCAUGGGUCUAAAAAUCAAGAACAAAGAGAACAUUCCAUUAAUUUAUUGAGAACAGGUGCAGUACAGGUUUUAAUUGCAACCAAUGUGGCAGCAAGGGGUAUAGAUAUCCCUAACGUUUCAUUAGUUAUCAAUUUCCAAAUGCCUAAACAUUUCGAAGAUUAUAUUCAUAGAAUUGGUAGAACAGGUCGUGCUGGCAAUUUAGGUGCUUCGGUCACAUAUAUGGAUGGUACAGAAGAUAUUAAGGUUGUGAAAGAACUUUACAAAUAUGUUAGUGACAAAGACCCUUUGAAAAGUAAUUUUUUUGACCCGCAGUUACAAAAGCUUUAUAAACUUAAUAAAGAUGAAAGACUGGACUAUGUAUAUUAA